UGUGUGUGUUUGUUAUUAAUAUUUUCCCAAUUGUGUGUUUUCCACCCCCGUUUUGCAUUAAGACAUUCCCUCCCCAAAAACCUUGUAAAAAAGCAGUUAAGAACACCCGCUGGAGUAGAUGUACAGAGGGUCAAGAGGAACAGCCAUAAGUUCACAAGCAUUCCAGUGGGAUGCUCCGGCAACUCCAUCCAUGGUGAAUAAUGCCAAGGUUAAAAAAGCCUAAUGCGCAAAAAUGUUAUUAUGAAAAGAGUGUACAAGUCUAAACCUUAAUGGUUUGGAUAGUUGACGCAGUGGAAGGGUUCGCGCGCCUCACUGCGCGCGCUCUGAUCGUCGGGACGCAAUGAAAUCUACAAUUAAAAGACGCUCACACGCGCGACUUGAGGUGAGGAGAAACGAACACCAGGAACCUUUUCACGAUUAUAUAACAAAAACAUGCCAGAGACCGUGUGAAUAUCAUAUUUGGAUUCUGCAUGGCAGAAAUGCGCUGUGGGACUCCAGAGAUGUUGAAUAGUUGACUUGAUUCCAUAAAGAAAGGAAAGAUUUUACUUUUGGGUUAUUUCUCCACAUUUUUGUUUUCAUCUUUACCUGCUAAAUGAACGACGUUUAUCGUUAAAAGAUCGGAGAGGAUGUCUGGGGCAAAUGAGACCUUAAACACAGAGAAGAGCUUCAGAGUGGUCAUCCGUCUGUGUGCAUUAAACAGACCAGAACAUACUAAUCCAUUAGAUGAAUCCAGAACCUCCAUCCAAGUGACAGAUCGCAACAAAGUAGUUGUCGACACUGGAAAAAACCACAAGCCUCAUAUUAUGGGUUUUGAUGCAGUAUUAGAUGAGGAGUCUUCCCAAAAAGAUGUUUACGAGUCAACAACAAAGUCUCUGGUUGAGUAUCUAAUGCAGGGUUAUAACGGUUGUGUAAUUAUUUAUGGGUCUCCGGGCAGCGGUAAGACUCACACCAUGCAUGGCAGCAGCGUCUCAUCCAAACACAGAGGCAUCAUCAGCCGUGCUGCUGAAGACAUCUUCACCUCCCCCAAAGCAUCUCACUGCAAAAUCAAAGUUUCAUUCUAUCACAUCUUCAAUGAAAAGAUUUUUGACCUUUUGGAUCCAAAGGGGAGUGAGGUUUUCUGGAUGCGUGACUGUGAGGAGGUGGUUCGCCUUGAUGGCCUGACAGAGAUGGAGGUGAGCUCCCGCCAGGAUCUGCUGCAGGUGCAUCGGCGUGGCUCCGCCCUCAGACACACAGGUAUCUCAAAGGGGGAAUUUCCAAGCAGGUCCCACGCAGUGUUCAACAUUGUGGUCAUUAACACAAUGGCCCAGUCUCCUGGGGGAGUUUUAACUGCUAGCAAACUCACGCUGGUGGACCUGGCAAGCUCAGGAAAAUGUCGUAAUUCUGCGUCUCCCGGUGUGAAGAGAACAAUCACUUCAAACGACAACCCACAAGAGGCUAAGAUGCUAAAACGCUCCCUCACCAUAUUCGGAAAUGUGAUUUUUGCUCUCAGCUCUGUUGGGUGUCAACACGUACCAUACAGAGAAUAACUGACCCGAGCUCUCAGAGACUGUUUGGGAGGAAACUGCCGGACGUGUUUAGUGGUGACCGUGUCAUCUCAGUUACCUUUGAAUGAGACUCUCAGCUCUCUACAGUUUGCCUCCAGAGCCAUGGCUGUGCCUUCACGACCCAUAAAUACAUCUCAGUUAAAUUACACACCUGAACAGAUGUGUUCAUCUCAUCUAAAUGGAAAGAAAGAAGUGAAUCAUCUGAACAGACAGCAGGUUUUACCUCUGGUCGGAUCCGACAGAAGGUCCCAGACUUGCUCGCUCCCCAUCCUCUUGAGCUCAUGCAGUCCCUCUGACCCCAAUCCCAGCUCAAGCCACUGCGGAGAAAUGCUAGAGGUCAGGUCUUUUCUCCCUCAAUUAGAGAAACCAGGUCAAACUGAACCAGGUGGGCAUUACAGCCGUGGAUCUCGACCUGUGGAUGAAAGGAACAAAGCUGAUGCUAGACUGACCCGCUCCCUAUUUCGCUGCCUCUCUGGGGCCAUUCCCCAUGAUACUGGAGGGAGAGAAAAACAUGUAAAAGAACUGGAGUUUUCACCUGGACCCCGGCAUUCUGUAGAGAGGCUCUCCAUGACGUCUCUUGAACCCUCUGUAGCAUCUUCAACAGCCGUGGAGUGUCCCAACUGUAGCCGGGAGCGAAAGAUCAGAGAGGAAUACGAUAAGAUUAUUGUUCAGGCCAGAAGAGACAAAGACGCUUUGAGUCGAAAACUAUUAGAACUAGAGAACGAGCUGAAAAGGAGGGGAAAAGAGGAAAGAGACGAUGAGGCAACAAGGGAAAAUAAAUUAAAUGGACUUACAAGGAAAGCAGGACCUAACAGCAGGACAUCAGAUGUCUCAGAAGGUCUAAAGACUGCAGAGGUGUGUGUGCAAACAGAAGCAAGAGGUUUGAGAGCAGAUUUGUGUGUGUGUCGUGAAAGAGAGAAGUUCCUGACAGAGACAUUGCAUUCUGAGAGACAAAGAACCACCCAGGACACUCAAGAACUGUACGUCCAGCUUAACAGAGUACAAGAGCAAAACAACCAGCUCAUGUCAGCACUUCACAAGCAACGGGAGAAUCUUCUGGCAGAACUGAAAAGCAGCAGAGAGGAGGUUGAAAAACUUCAAGAGAAUGCAUCUCUAACCAUUAACCAGCUCAGGACUGAAAAGGGUGAAUUAAUGUCACAUUUAGAGGACACCAAAAGUUCCUAUGAAAAGGUGUGUAUGGAGAAUUCCAGCUUGAGACAAAAACUGAAGUCAUUUUUGAGGGAGAUCAACUCAGCACCCUUCAGUGGGUCCAGUGGUGUAGACACAGAUACACAUAUGCACACGGUCACAACAAAUACUGAGAUGAUCGUUGUAUCGCACCAUGUGACUCAGCAGUGCCCUGCAAGUCCCACGCAAGGAAGCCAAUGUUGCUUCAGUCAGUUUCAACAUCCUGAGAUGGAGUCUGAAACCACAAACAGUAGUGACUGUGAACGACAUCUCUAUAAACCACAAAACCUCUACAAGCAGUUAAGGAGAGAACACAGUCUGCUGCUGGACGUGAUGUUGGUUCUCUACAGGAGAGAGUGGUUCCUUCAAGAUGCCAUACCAUACGUUAGGCGUACACUCAGGAAGUGUGGACUAAAGACUGAAGAUAUAGAAUAAUGACUCUGUGCUUGUUCAGUAUGUGAGUGAAAAGGAAUAUUAUAAGUGGUAUAAGUGUAUUGAAUAAUAAAUAAUGUUUAGGCCAAGUGUCAGUUAUUAAAAAGAAAUACCACCAUUGUAAUGGAAAAUAUAUCUGUAGGGAAAGAUGAGCGGUGGAAUACAUCUGUGAUUACAGAAUCAUUUAUUUUCAUUUUGCGUAGUAUUUUAUAUCUGCAAUUUGUGUAAUUUAUAGGAACAGUAAUCCCAGAAAAGAAAGUGUCUCUUUUAUGUCUUUUUGAUCUGAAUUUCAGUAACUUUAUUUACAAACCAGUUAGAAGAGACUAAUAUAUGACGA